CCAAGAGCAUUGCUCCCGUGCAGCUGGUGAACUUUGCCUAUCGGGACUUGCCCCUGGCUGCGGCUGACCUCUCCACGGCGGGCUCGCAGCUCCUGUCAAACCUAGACGAAGAUUACCAAAGAGAAGGGGAAGUAGGCUCUUCUGUGACCUUCCACCUCCUCCGGGAUGCCAUGACUGUGCCUGUGAGUACCUUUUUAGACAAUUUGGGGGUCUCCAUAAUCCCCGUACCCUAGCCACCACCCCCUCCCCACAUCAUGCAUCCUCCCAGCCACGCUGAGGAUUUCCAGGGUGGGAGAAACCAGACCCCACAGGAGCAAACACAGCCCCUGCCAUCCUGGCUCUGCACAGUUCUGCUCUGCCCUUCAGAACGGGCCUGUUUCAGCGCCAGGCUUGGGAAUGCUGCCUGAUGGAGCAAUGACCUGGAGCCACCUCCUUCUGGGCCACUCACGUGGCCUGACCUCAUAUGGAGGAUCCAUGAAAAACUUGCCAGAGUUCAUAUUAAUAUGAACUAAAAGUUAUUCUCUCAAACGUUUAUUUAUCAAGACACCUAAGUAUAUUAAGCAGAAGCAGGAAGGGCACCCAGCCUCCCCUCCCACUCCAGGGUUUUUAUGGGGCCUAAGGAGUGACUGGUGGACCCUCACAGUAGAACACUCGCCUGCCUGCCAGGAGAUGCCAUCUGGUUGUUGGUAUUUUCAGACUUUGGCAGCCCAAGCCGGCCUCCUGGAGCUGUCCGCGCUCUGUCGCUGCACCAAGAUAGGAAAUUGAGAGACACCUGCCCUCUGGUGGUGUUUCUGGGGAUUACACCACCCUGAGAACCCGCUCUAGGCUUUGAUGGGCUGCAGGCUGGAGAUGCAGGAAAAGUAUCUUCUCUAAAGAGUCAAUGCUGAUUUCCCUUUUGGCCCAUUAAACUCCUUUAGUCAUUAUUUAACUACUCCGGGAUAUUUUGAAGCUGGAAAGAUUCUAUUUUUCUGUUAAAACACAGCCUACCAGGAAUGUCUGAGUCAUUCGAAUUUCAGAGGAAAUUUUAUUAGCAGCUUGGGAUUUCCAAACACUGGGGCAGCCAGAAAGUCUGCUGCUUCAGUCCAGCCUCUGUCCUGGAGUUUUGGGGUCCAUGAUCCUGCUCUUCAAGAAUCUGGAGGCCCAGAGCCUGGUUGGACUUUGGCUUCAUCCUGAGGCCUGGACUAAGGAAGCCCUCGACACCCGCAGCACACAGUUGCAGUCUCAGUAACCCUGCUAAGCUCCACAUGGUGUCAGUUUGGGGUUUACCCCAUAGCGUGUUGCUUGCCGGCAGCCCUCAUGAACCUACGGGAACAUGGAAAGAAGAGAUUUUGCAGCAGGCUUUGAAACCCACAUGCAGUGGGUGAGGCAGGCAUUCCUCAGUGGCCCUCAGUCUGCCCUCCACUCACCUUUAUCCCUCUGUCUUCUGCUUGUCUCUCAGUGAGAACCCUCUCCUCUGCCUGGCUGCUCUCCUCACCCCCUGCCCCAGUCUAGGCCAUCUGGGGGUCACAUCAGUCCCCCUCCACCUGUCCAAAAUGCCUUCCUCCUCUUACCCCAUCACUUGCCUUCUUCCUCUUGCCCCCUAAAAGGUUGAAAUUCCCUUUCCCCUCUUCCUGGGACCAGCUCCCGAGCCUGGGGGUUGAACCCCCAGUCUCCUAUUCCCACAGAGCCGAGGAUACCUAUCAUUUUCAUAGGUUUCGGAAAACAUCCAGAAAGAUUCAGAUAAUCCAAAUGUCCUGCCAGGUUUCUGGAAGAGCCAUGCGCUUUGUCCCACCUUCCAGCAGCUGGGGCCUCCUUCAAGCUUCCCCCGGAUGGACUGUGUGGAAGAAAUCUCCUUGAAGCGUCCACAUUGUUCCUUCAGGGAGAAGAAAGUACCUGAAGGCAGAGCUCCUCUUCCAGCAACAUCCUUGGGGUGGGGAUCAACCCCUUUGCAGGAGGCUCCAGCCAAUUGCUUGCUCCGGACAGGAAGGACAGGAAGUGGUGGCUGAGUCUUUGGGCCAUCAGAUAAUUUAUCACCAUCACCAUUGUCAUUGUCGUCAUCACCACCAACAUUGUCAUCCUCACCAUCACCAUCAUCACCAUCAGCCACAUGGUGCUUUACAGGUCCACCUGGCUGAAGCCGUGCUGUGGGAAGAGAGCAGCCGUGUGGCAGGUAUUUUUGCUCAGUGCGAGUGUCAACAGUUUCCUGGUAGCCUGUGUAAUAUUGGUGGUGAUUCUCCUGACUCUGGAACUUCUAAUAGAUAUAAAGCUUCUCCAGUUUUCCAGUGCAUUCCAGUUUGCUGGCGUGAUACACUGGAUCAGUCUGGUCAUUCUCUCCGUGUUCUUCUCAGAGACUGUCCUGCGGAUCGUGGUGCUUGGGAUCUGGGAUUACAUUGAAAACAAAAUAGAGGUGUUUGACGGGGCUGUGAUCAUCCUGUCCUUGGCCCCGAUGGUGGCAUCCACGGUGGCGAAUGGUCCCAGGAGCCCCUGGGAUGCCAUCAGCCUCAUCAUCAUGCUCCGGAUCUGGCGGGUGAAAAGGGUCAUAGAUGCCUACGUCCUGCCUGUGAAGGUGGAGAUGGAGAUGGUCAUCCAGCAAUACGAGAAGGCCAAGGUCAUCCAAGACGAGCAGCUGGAGAGACUGACGCAGAUCUGUCAGGAGCAGGGGUUUGAGAUCCGGCAGCUGCGGGCGCACCUGGCGCAGCAGGACCUGGACCUGGCGGCCGAGCGCGAGGCGGCGCUGCAGGCCCCUCACGUGCUCAGCCAGCCGCGCAGCCGCUACAAGGUGGUGGAGGCCGGCACGUGGGCCGAGGAGACGGCGGCCGAGAGCGUCGUGGAGGAGCUGCAGCCCGCGCGAGAGGCCGCAGCGAAAGAUGACAUGAACAGCUACAUCAGUCAGUACUACAACGGGCCCAGCAGUGACAGCGGUGUCCCAGAGCCAGCUAUGUGCGUGGUCACCACCGCUGCCAUAGACAUCCACCAGCCCAACAUCUCCUCUGACCUCUUUUCGGUCGAUGUUCCCCUGAAGCUUGGCAGCGAUGGCACCUGCGCCAGUGCCACCUCCGAGAGCACCUCCCGCUCUACUCGCAGCUCUGUCACCCGGGCCCAGAGUGACAGCAGCCAGACGCUGGGCUCCACCACGGACUGCAGCACAGCCCGUGAGGAGCCAUCCUCUGAGCCUAGCCCAGCUCCCCUGCCACUGCCACCACCACCCCAGCAGCAGGUGGCAGAGGCCAUGGUCCAGGACCUGUUUUCCUCCCUGUCGGAGGAUCCCUGCCCAUCCCGGAGGGCCUUGGACCCAGCCCUCCUUGCCCGGCCCAGCCCAGCGGGCUCGGCCCAAACCAGCCCUGAGCUGGAGCACAGGGUAAGUCUGUUCAACCAGAAGAACCAGGAGGGCUUCGCUGUCUUUCAGAUCGAGCCUGUCAUCCACUUCCAGCCCACUCUACCUGGGCUGGAGGAGAAGUUCAGAUCUUUGGAAUCCAAAGAGCAAAAGUUGCACAGGGUCCCUGAAGCCUAGAGCCUCCAGGUAGGCUGGGUGGGAAAGGGGCAGACAGCCAUCUCGAUGCUCUCCCGGGGCCCCAGAGGCCACCAAGGGCCACAGGCAAGGCCCAGGAGCCCACCUGACCUCCCUCAGGGUGCUGCCUGCCUCCAGGGAGGUGAUGCCAGGCCAGGAGGCCACACGCCUCAGACCUCAAAGCCCAGAGCUGGCGCCUCCUCUCGCCCUGCUCAGGGGAGGGUGGUGCUCGUGGCUGGGUUUUUUUUUUAAAACCAUUUUUACAAAAACCAGCCUGUGGCCCAGCUUCAGCAGGGUAGAGCUCGGGGGCCAGCUCAGCCUCUUCCGUUGCCUUUGUUCCUGACGCCCACCCUGGACCCUCGGGAACAGCACUGUGAGCCGGGGCUGCCAGCCCCACCCCCAAGCCGUCUUUUCCAGGAAUCCUGGGUGGAGCCGACACACUCACACACAGACCACCAUCUGAGCCUACUUCAUGGGUCAUCAUUCUGUCAUUUAGGCAUGAGCGUUUGAGUCUUUUUCAAGACAAAUCUAGUUUUCACCUUCACGGGACAUAAAGGGAUGGAUCUGGCGGCGGGUGGGAGGGGCGGGGGUGGGGGGCCAGCCACUUUCCAAUCUUGGCUUUAAUAAUAAAAACCAGCUGCACUGAGACUUCCAGUUGGCAGAGGUGGUUCUUUCAGUGGCUAGUCCAGGUGAGGACCUGAGUGGCUCUUUUGGGUUUGGGUUGAUCUUGAAAAUCCACCAGGGAGUCUUGACCCCUCUCUGGUGGCCCUGAGGCCUUUAUGGAGUGGAAGGAGCCCUGGACCCUGGGCAGGAAGCACUCCCACUGCCUGGCGGUGUGACUCUCCACCAGCCCCUCCCCUUCCUUCAUUGCCCCACCGAGAUGGAGCUCAAACUUCUGUCUUUUUUGCUGACAACACCCAGCCCCAGCUCCCAACCCAGGGCUCCGUCCUUUAGGGAUCGGAAACUUAGCAGGUCCCUGGGGUAGCUGAGCUGAGCUCAGUAUCCUGCCCAGAGCCUGUUCCUCCUCCCAGGUUCCUGGCUGGGGCAUCACCGUCCCCCCAGCCCUGACCGUGAAUCAACAGGGGCUCCCCCCAUCCCCCCCACGCAGUCACACAUGCUGGCCACUCUGCCCUUGGCCCCAUCACAGCCUCGCUAAGGCCCAGCCUCUGGCUCUGUCCUCCAGUGUCUCCCAUGCUGCAGAGCCUCCAAGGGAUUUUAUGACUACUGAGUUUUGUAUUAUAUAUGUUCAAUACAAAAAGGGAAGUUUUUUUGUUUUUUGUGUUUUUUCUUUUUCCAUUUCAAGUACUCCCAUUGCCUCACCUCACA